UCCAAGGGCGAUUAUUGUGCUCUUUGCGUUUCCAUUUGGACAGUUAGUUUUCGGUACGUGGUAUCUGUUUGGAGCUACAUACGACAAAAGGUCUCAGUGACAUUCGGUUCUUUGGAAGCACAGCGACUUUAGUAGAGAGAAGACCAAUGGCAGGCAUACAUGUCGAAGGUUUGGUGGCGAUCGUCUUGUUCUACGCGCUGAUCCUUGCAGUAGGAAUAUGGGCUGCCUGGAAGAACAAGAACUCCGGGAUGGAAGAAGGAGGUGACCGGAGUGAGAGCAUCAUGGUUGGGGGAAGAGACAUUGGAUUAUUUGUGGGAGCAUUUACUAUGACCGCGACGUGGGUUGGAGGGGGCUACAUCAACGGGACGGCAGAGUACGUGUAUCUCCCAGGGUACGGCUUGGCUUGGGCGCAAGCUCCUUUUGGAUACGCGAUGAGUCUCGUACUGGGUGGUCUGUUUUUCGCGAAGCCGAUGCGCUCCCGAGGUUACGUCACCAUGCUCGACCCUUUCCAGCAGCUGUAUGGUAAGCGGAUGGGCGGGCUGCUCUUCAUCCCCGCGCUAAUGGGCGAGAUAUUCUGGUCUGCAGCCAUCUUUUCGGCCCUCGGGGCGACAUUGAGUGUAAUCGUGGACAUCGACAUCAACAUGUCUGUGAUCAUCUCGGCCUUCAUAGCCAUUUUCUACACGCUGGUGGGCGGAGUCUACUCUGUGGCUUAUACGGAUGUGGUUCAGCUCUUUUGCAUCUUCUUGGGGCUGUGGAUCAGCAUCCCCUUCGCACUGUCCAAUCCUGCUGUGUCUGACAUCGGAGUGAGCGCAGUGCGGGAAAUCUACCAGGAACCUUGGCUAGGGGACAUUCAAAGUGCAGACCUGUGGAUGUGGAUUGAUGACUUCUGCCUUCUGAUGUUCGGGGGAAUACCCUGGCAGGUCUAUUUUCAACGGGUUCUUUCUGCCUCUUCAGCUACCUAUGCUCAAGUCCUCUCCUUCACGGCUGCUUUCGGCUGCCUCAUCAUGGCCGUGCCCUCCGUGCUGAUCGGAGCCAUUGGCGCCUCUACGGACUGGAAUCAGACGAGCUAUGGAUCAGUCCCUCCGAUGAUGAAAGACCAGUCAGAAAUGAUUCUUCCAAUUGUAUUGCAGCACCUCUGCCCACCUUUUGUCUCUUUCUUCGGGCUGGGGGCAGUCUCUGCUGCAGUGAUGUCAUCUGCUGAUUCAUCUAUCCUUUCAGCCAGUUCCAUGUUCGCAAGGAACAUCUAUCAGCAAGCUUUCCGCCAGUCGGCUGCAGACUACGAGAUCGUGUGGGUCAUGAGGAUCUCCAUCUUUGUGUUCGGGGCCGCUGCCACGGCUAUGGCCCUGCUGACAGGCACUGUGUAUGGUCUCUGGUACCUGAGCUCCGACCUGGUCUACGUCAUCAUCUUCCCUCAGCUCCUCAGCGUGCUGUUCAUACGAGGCACCAACACCUACGGCUCAGUGGCCGGCUACGUCUUCGGCCUGAUCCUCCGCAUCGGCGGUGGCGAGCCCUACCUCAAGCUGCCUCCUUUCAUCUACUACCCUGGCUGGUACAUCAAAGAGAAGGUCCUUCACAACACGAAGGAGGUGGAGUACUUAGUGGUGCAGAAGUUCCCCUUCAAGAUGACCUCCAUGCUGGCUUCUUUCCUGAGUAACGUAGUCUUCUCCUACCUGUUCAAGUACCUGUUCGAGAGCGGCAAGCUCUCGGCCAAAUACGAUUUCCUGGAUGCGGUGGUGGCCAAGCACAGUGAGGAGAUCAUGGACAGGACCACGCUGGUGAACAGGAAUGUAAUCGGGUUGUCCGAGAUGGCCCCGGUGCGGCCGCGUCUCAGUGUCACGCUGGCCACCACCUUCACCAGGAAGGAGACCCUCACUGAAGAGGAUGACUACAGCCCCGAGUCACCCAGUCAUGAGAAUGAGUAGAGGCCUUUGCCUUUCAAGUUCAGACAAGGUCCUCGACCGCAACAAUGAGAAGGACAGUGCCUCUCCUGAGACGUAAAGAAACACUGUGCUUCCACGAGGACGAGAGAAGGACCUGUUCAGUUUUGCUUUAGCCAUACAUGUGUUGGAUUUUCCAUUGCUGCUACAGGAAGAGUAUAAGAUAUGCAACAUUUGGUUCUCCAUGACAGAACAACAAAGUAGGAAUAAAUGUGGAGAAAACAGCAGACACAUCAUGCCAGGUCUGCUACAGGUUCUGCUUUACGGAAUAACAUCUGUAUGGUAUGUAUGAAACUACUGAACUCUUUUGUUCCACUCUCCUCUGAAAAAGAAGUCCAAAUACUGUGAGCACACACUAUAUAUGGUGAGGCAAUAGCAAUAGUCAUUUCUCUGGUCCUAAUUCCAGGUCAGGGUUUAUUUAAAUAACUUAAACAGAAAAAAUAUACUGUGUGUCAGCAUAGAGGUUGAAGGAAUAUUAUACCUAAAAAAACCCUUGUUAGAUAUUAGUACAGUUCGGCUUAGUGUCCUGUCAUAAAAAUGUUUUAAGGAAAAAAAAAAAUUGUUACCUGUUUCAUAAAUGUAACAAGUGAUGUAGUUUCAGCCAACAAGAAACCCUAAUAAAAUAUGUGGCGUAAGUGUGUGCAAUAUACGGCAAAACUGAAAACAGGGUGGGGAUACAUAACAUCGCAGCUGCCUUAACUAGCUGCAUUGUUUAAGAGGAGAAGAUCUGAUGCUGAAUAAGAAUUGGUGCAUUGUUCCUUACGUAGUGCACAUCAUAAGGCAUGUGCUAUACUGCACGUAGUGCACUACAUCCCCUACAUAGUACUACAUCCCCUACAUAGUGUCUUAUUCUUAUUCUGCAUUGGGCACAAACUAAUGUCUUUUACUCCCUGCAUGGGAGUGGGGGGUUCAUGUAAAACUGAGUGUGAUAUUAUGCAAAUGGUUCAGCAGCCACUUUGUUAAGACUUGGAAAUUAAUGUAUCUGGUGCAAAACAUUUACCUAAUGUAAUACUCGAAAGGGAUCUGUGCUGUAUUAUUGUGUGACCCUCAAACUCAUAGAUGUUACCGUUAGCAGAAGCUGCUGUAUCUGGUUUGAGCCUGAAUCAGUACCCGUGAUAACUUUCAUUUGAUGAUACAGAUUUUCUUUUUGUGAUGUAUAUAUUUAUAUUUAUAUAUUUUAAAAAAAAGUACAAAUGAAUAUUGUAAUUUGAAUGUGCUGGUAGAGUUAUUGAGUUUGGUGAUAAAUAGCUUUAGUCCAAAAAAUCUCUAUUUAUUUAUUUAUUUAUUUAUUUAUUUAUUUUCGCUCAAAGGGAUUAUAAAUG